AUGGAUCUCUCGCUGAAAGACAUCCAAUACGUGAUUAACAAUGCGGAUUACGUGCAAACUCUGGCCACUGCUCUCGGAAGCAGUGACGGUGCCAAGAGGAAGCAGGUUAUCCAACUACUGUCUGCGGUCUGCGUUUACAACAAAGAUCAUGGAUACAGGAGAGUUCUCGAGACACUAGACCACCUCAAGACCAAUCAAAAUAAACGCUACCGGUUGGCGUUUAUCGUGGAAGAACUUCGGGAUUGCUCGAUCCAAACGAGCGAUGCCUUCCGAUCGGAAUAUUCCGCCGCUCUCCUGGCGCUCAUCAACUGCCUCAUCAUGUGUGCGCCUUCGCUCCAGGAGAGAGUUGCGAUUCGGAACCAACUGCUAGGAUUGCGCCUAUACGACGCUGUUGAGUUGAUUAAGUUGAGACGUGAGGCGGGCCACUUUACCAAUGAUACGAUGGUGCAGUUGGACGCGUAUGAGGCUCAACGCUACACCGAUGAAGGUCAAAUCAACGGGCCCGAUGGUGUAGAUCUCAACUCGCAUUUGGAAGUUUUCUAUGCUAUACUUCGACAAGUUUCGCUGACUCCCCAGCAAGUGCCCUUUCUCACCAUUCUCCAGAACCUUCUCCGCAUCGACUACACUCAACCGAUAGCCGAUGUUAUUUGGACGACAGCUUCGAAACUUGUGGAAAAAUCGCUUUCCGUCGAAACGCAACAGGAUGCGGAUAGACUUCUGUUGAAAUGCAGAUGCGGAGACCGAACGCCACGUGGCUCCCCUCGGGUUUUGACUCCGCAACCCACGUCUUCUCCGCUUGCUGCCGCUUCUGCUAGCGCUACUUCUGUCGCUCCGCCGCCACCUCCUCCGCCUCCUCCACCACCACCGCCGCCACCACCACCUCCUCCUCCGGGCUGCGGAAGGGAUUCUAUUGGCCCCCCACCGCCACCUCCCCCCCAUGUGAGCUCUUUGGGGCUGAAAUCUGGGAAACCGAACGCGGCGGCCGUAGCUCCUGCGCAACUCCUCCCACAGCAAUGGACUCCAAAGCCAAAGAAUAAAAUGAAAACUCUGAACUGGUGCAAGAUACCUGCUGGGAAGGUCCUCACCGGUGCGUUGACUUCCUGAAACAAUCUUUGGGCUCGGAUAGCUCAGUCUCACGAAGGGAUAAAUGACGCUCUAUUGGAUUUCGAUUGCAUGGAGGACCUCUUCUGCCAGCAGCCGUCGACACCUCAGCUGCAGCGACGGGCCAGUCAGCGGAAAAUUCAGGAAGUGACCCUGCUGGACGGCAAGCGAUCACUGAACAUUUCGAUCUUCCUGAAACAGUUCAGGUCAUCGAACCAGGAAAUCGUGAUGAUGAUCAGGAACGGUUUACACCAAGAAAUCGGAGCUGAGAGACUACGGGGUCUUCUGAAGAUUCUUCCAGAGCCCGAGGAAGUCGACCUCCUCAAGAACUUUGAGGGCGACCUUUCCAAACUCGGCGCAGCCGAGCAGUUCCUGUUGGAGCUGAUCCUGAUAUCGGACUAUAAACUUCGCAUCGAAUGUCUGCUGCUGAAAGAAGAAUUCACGGUCACCAUCGGCAUCUUGGAACCUUCGAUAAAAUUCAUUCGAUCCGCUGCGCGCGAAAUUGAAGAAGCAGUAAAAUUGCACGAAAUCCUCUACAUGAUCUUGGUGGCUGGAAACUUCCUGAAUAGCGGCGGCUACGCGGGGAAUGCGGCAGGUUUCCGCAUGAUGUCCCUCUUGAAAGUCACCGACAUGCGGGCAAAUCGUCCGGGGAUGAAUCUGAUCCACUACGUGGCCAUGGAGGCAGAACGCAAACAGCUCCUCGACUUUGCCGACCGACUGGAGUCACUCGAGGAAGCUGCCCGGCUUUCGAUAGACACUCUGAAAAGCGACGCGAGCGCUCUCACAUCGCGCGUGGCCAACGUGUGCAAUUUGGUGGCGCACGCCAACAGCGAUCUGCAGCUCCAAAUGAAGGAUUUCCUGCGGAGUGCGCGGAACAGAAUCGAGAAUACGAAGGAUCAGAUCGAGAGACUCGAACAAGUCCGCGUCCAUCUCGGGACAUUUCUGUGCGAAGAUCUGGAGACUUUUAAGCUGGAAGAAUGUUUCAAAGUCUUCUGGAAUUUUUGUCUCAAGUUCCGCACUGCUAUUGAGGAUAACGAGAAGAGAGCGGAGCAGGAACGCAAAGCUGAAGCUAGAAAACGUGUGAGAGAGGACCAACUCAAGAGAUUGAGUGUGGAAUUCUCGGGCAGUGAAUCUGACGUCAUGGACAUGCUGCUCGGCGAUAUCAAGUCCGGAUUCCCACAGCUAUUCAGUAAAGUUCGCCGCCUACGCAGAACUGACAACAAUUCGGAGGACGAUUCCGCAUCACUGGGUCUUGCGAGCUCCCCACGUUUGGUUCGUCGGUCCCAGUUCGGGUCGUCGCUGGCUUCGAUGGCCGACAACGAGAGUCCUGACGUCACUCCGACUGGUUCACUUCGGAAGCGACGUAAUCGAUCUUCCCCCGAAAUCGAUGACAAUUCUCUUCUCGAUUAUCUCAAGCAAGCCGAACAAGCUCAACAGCAAGCUGUUGCAGGUUGGCACCGUCGAUCAUCUAGACGUCUGAAGACUGAAAAUUCAGAGAAUCCGAAUCUUGAGACUCUCCACGAGAGACCGAAGAAUAUCGAGGAUAUCCAGCAGAGGAAAAAGACACCGGAGCCAGUGACGAGCCCACCCGUCCAAGCCAACCAACAGGAAACGUCCUCGAGCUCGAAAGCGGGAAGCAACGGGAAUAUCCCUGCCGCAUCUGAAGGUCUCCCGGAACGCCGCACGUCCCUCACGAAUGUUGUGCGUCCGAUGAUCCAAGCUCCGGGACCUUUGCCGAGCGAGCCCGUGGCUAGACCGCUGAUCCGGCUCCCCGCCGUAGAUGACACCGACACCUCGACCGGUGGAGAAAGCCCAGUACUCAUGCGCAGAUUGUCUUACAACAACCUCGCUAGAGAUGGUCACAACAAAGCGAGACACUCACUCCCGAUCAGAGCCGGCGCAGCCAAGGACGAAUACUCGCUCCCAAGCCCACCGUUCAGGUCGAGUCGCUCGUCCGUCGCCUGUCUGGACGAAAGGAGAUCCUUCAGACAGAGGCCGAAAUACAACGACGUCAAACGCAAGAAGGAAGACAAGGAGCUGUCGCCUUCUGAGAGAGUUGCGAUUCCCGCAGAAGAGGACGAAUUCGAUUCCGAAAGUUCCUUCGACAGGUUCUCGCCCGUCAGGAAAACGACGAGGCGAACCUCGACACGAUCAUUGUCUUCGAUGCCAUUGAGUAACGUGAGUCGGGGUAAACCGGAGGAUUUAUAAGAAAAAUCACUCGAACCGAUCGGAAUCGAUGAUACUCCAUCUAGCCGGAAAGAAGACAAGUCGCUCAGGGCGCGUCUCGCCCGCAAGAUCCAUUCCUUCACGGACAAUGUUAAAGGUUGCUAUGGCGAGAGAAAGUCGCCUGAAGACGAUAAACACAAGAGCACUAUUACUCCUCGUACAUCUGGGAUCCCGAUAAAGAGAGGCAUACCAGUCUUAAGUGGUUCUGUGCGGCGUGCGACACCGUCACCCGUGCUGUCGAAUAAGGGUUCGAAAGUAUCGGAAACUGCUGAAAGCCUCAAGAUUGGCACCGAUCCAAGAUAUUGUGGCGUAGCGUCUUCGGUACCACCUCUCGCAACGGUGACCCCGACCGUGAACUCGAUCCCUCAUCAGUCUUCGAGCCUGACCAGUUUGAACGACGAGAACCGGCGCCCGCUCGGGACUUCCAUCAGGAGAACAGGCAUCCCAACAAGGUCCGCAGUGAAAAGCUCGAGCACCAUACCGAAAAUCCCCGCUGCGGUCAGCCCCACCGCUGUUUCCCCCGUGAGACUCACCAUGAAUGCGGAAACACUCCAGAAGACGCGUUCGUCAUUGAGAUCAACAACCCUCACUCGUCCCGAAGAACUGAAACCCUUCAUGAGAGCCACUUCAGCUUCCAUCGCUCGCGUUGCUCCUAGUAAAAGCACCUCAACGGGAGCCACCCCGGGACCUUUCAUCCGAAACGGUCCAGCAGCCUAUCAUCGCCGAACAGUGCCUGGCUAUCGCUAAUUAUUUUCUAUUUACGGACCAAGCCCCCCACCUUUGAGUGGAAAAAUAGCUGGAUAUGGUGCACACACUAAUGUGGGGAGGAGACCGGAGACCAGAUUAUCGGAGAUUACUUUUCGUAUCGCCUCAAAGCUAGGUAGCUCGUUCCGACUUGAGAACCUGAUGAGCUCCCUUCCUUUCCGAGUACGGAGGUGUUCUCCUCAGAUUGAUUGGAUGAGCUUCGCUGAGGGGAUUCCACGAUGAUCAUCAUCGACGUAGAGAAGGUUGUCGCGAAUUGGAGGAGCAUCCAUUCAUUUAUCGCUGUCGGAAAUACGG